CAGCAGGUCGGCUUUUUCUUCUUCUUUUUUUUUUUACCUCUUCGCUUUCCUUAUUCCACCCUGCCUUGCUCUCUUUCUUUCUCUCUUUAAAAAACGCCUUUCCUCCGCCGCGCGCGCGUUGUAUUUAUUCAUCCAUGCAUCUCUUUUGGAACUAUUCAAACAUUGUUAUUUAAAAAGAUAUAUCUGUGUUAAAUUAUUUUUGCCCAUUUCGAAAGCCGUUCCUCAAAUGAGAAGACGGAGAAGAUGGAGCUUCACAUCCUAGAGCACAGCUUGAAAGUGGCGAGUAUAGAGAAAGAGGGCAUACAGGUCUGCACGCACGGAUUAAUCAAACUCGCUUUCCUGGCCUCCAAAACAAGGUGUAAGUUCUUCAGCCUGACGGAGACUCCAGAGGACUACACCAUCAUCGUGGACGAGGAGGGCUUCAAAGAGCUGCCGCAGUCGGAGCACAUCAGUGUCGCCGACGCCACGUGGCUGGCCCUCAACGUGGUGCCGGGCGGCGGCAACGCCUCCAACUCGCAACCCAUCGGAGUCACCAAGAUCGCCAAAUCGGUCAUCGCGCCGCUGGCCGACCACAACAUCUCCGUCUUCAUGCUGUCCACGUAUCAGACCGACUUCAUCCUGGUCCGGGAGCGAGACCUGCCGAUGGUCACGCACACACUGUCGUCCGAGUUCACUCUGCUCCGCGUGGUCAACGGGGAGACGGUCGCCGCACGCCACGUCGGGGUCACCAACGGCUUCGUGAAGCCCAAACUGGCGCCGCGCCCCGUCAUCCACCCGCUGUCCAGCCCCAGCAACAUAUUCUGCGUGACCAGCCUGGACCCGGACACGCUGCCCUCCGUGGCCACGCUGCUCAUGGACGUCAUGUUCUACUCCGGAGGGUGAGCGAGUGAACGUGUCAAAGACACUUUACAUGUUACAUUCAUACGCCGUAGCCUACGGGGAGCAACUCGGGUGUUUGAUCCUCGUCUUCUCCUCCCGCUCAGGUGUAAGUUCUUCAGCCUGACGGAGACUCCAGAGGACUACACCAUCAUCGUGGACGAGGAGGGCUUCAAAGAGCUGCCGCAGUCGGAGCACAUCAGUGUCGCCGACGCCACGUGGCUGGCCCUCAACGUGGUGCCGGGCGGCGGCAACGCCUCCAACUCGCAACCCAUCGGAGUCACCAAGAUCGCCAAAUCGGUCAUCGCGCCGCUGGCCGACCACAACAUCUCCGUCUUCAUGCUGUCCACGUAUCAGACCGACUUCAUCCUGGUCCGGGAGCGAGACCUGCCGAUGGUCACGCACACGCUGUCGUCCGAGUUCACUCUGCUCCGCGUGGUCAACGGGGAGACGGUCGCCGCACGCCACGUCGGGGUCACCAACGGCUUCGUGAAGCCCAAACUGGCGCCGCGCCCCGUCAUCCACCCGCUGUCCAGCCCCAGCAACAUAUUCUGCGUGACCAGCCUGGACCCGGACACGCUGCCCUCCGUGGCCACGCUGCUCAUGGACGUCAUGUUCUACUCCGGAGGGCUCAAGGAGGCCGGAGCCUCGGUUGAGGACUCCAGCCACAUCCGUUUCUUCUCCUUCUCUCUGAUCGAGGGCUACAUCUCUCUGGUGAUGGACGAGCAGACGACUCGCAGGUUUCCCAACAACGUCCUCUUCACCAGCGCCUCUGGUGAGCUCUGGAAGAUGGUUCGGAUCGGGGGACAACCUUUAGGGUUCGAUGAGUGUGGCAUCGUGGCUCAGAUAUCAGAACCGCUGGCGACCGCCGACAUUCCCGCGUACUACAUCAGUACCUUCAUGUUCGACCACGCGCUGGUCCCCGAAGAAAACAUCCAGAGUGUGAUCGGAGCCCUGUGGACCAAGAGCACGGCGGAGUGAAGGAAGAGAAGGAGAAGAGGAACGAUGAGCGCUCUCAAGAAGUCGCUUCGUUCAAAUGUUUUUUGAUCGUGUCCAAAAAGUGCCAAGGGCUCAUUAGAGGA